UUCACUCCCAUUCCAAGAACCAAUGUGCGACUGUGUUUCGGGAGUGUGGGAUGACUUUAUGGAGACGGGUCGGCAGAUUGUUGGAUGCAUAUGCUGCUGUGCCAUUGUGGGCCCUAUUCUGGUCCUCAUUGGUAUCAUUGUCCUUGUCUCGGCACUGAAGGAUACCCGCGGGGACAAGAUCAAGAAGUACAAUGCGGCGGUGGACAAGUGGAACUCGCAGUCACGUGACGAGCUACUUGCGGCACAGUUUACCAACACCAACUCGGGUGCCUCGGGCGGGGCUGAGGUCCUCGGUGCAACGACUGCCGUCGACGUGCUGAGGGACGACGACAAGGACCUCAAGUCGUACGAGCCGCUCAAGUAUCGGACGGCAGGCGGGUUCUCGUUCGCGUCAGCCACGCUCGGCACGUCGGACAUUGUGUACACAGCUGACAUCUCUGCGUCGCAGAACGGCGGGCCGGCGUCAACCAUGUCUGUCGGCCUCACCUUUGGCCACUACAUUUCGCGCGGCCAGGGCUCACUCUCGCGUUCGUGCCAGUUGACGGCAACAUCAACGUCGACCGGCUCUUCACGCCCGCUGUGUUCGCAGGUGUGCUCGGAUGAUGGCGGGCAGUGGGACUCGACGACGUCGACUUGCCGGUUCUACCUCCGCGCGUCGGACAUGUGCCUCAAGGUCACGCUCUCGGGCAGCUCGUGGACCCCGGCAUCGGUGCCGGGCUCAGGCUUUGGAUGCCUGUACAAAAACCAGGGUGGAACCAAGGGCGACUGGUCCAUCUCGUCGUACACCUCGGUCAGCGCCGGUGCCACCAUCACGCCGAGCACCGUCCAGCUCACCAUCCGCUCGAGCGACGAUCCGUACAUUCUGGCGUCCGAUCUGACCAACGGCUCCUAUGACUUUGGCCUCACACGCGCACAGAAGAUUGUCAUCGGCAUUGUGCUCAUCGUCAUCGGCUGCGUGUGGAUGUGCUGCGUCUGCGGUGGCGUCUACGCCAUCUACAUGUGCUUCAUGGGCAACAACCGCUCCGGCCGCUUCAACAACCACAAGGGCGGGGCCUACGGCAACAACAACAACAACAACAACGGCGGCGGCGCUUAUAACGGUGGUGGCGGCGGGUACAACCACGGCCCGGCUCCGGCCCAGCCUGUUGUCGCCCACCCUGCCCCACCCCCGCCGUCCAACUACAACGCCCCGCCGCCGUCCAACUACAACGCCCCGCCGCCGUCCAACUACAACGCCCCGCCGCCGGGCAACCCCUACGGCGGCUCCGCCGCUCCGCCGUACUCGGCCGCCGUCGGCGCCCCGCCGCCGGCAUACGGUGGUGCGCCUCCGUCAUACGCCGGCGCCCCGCCGCCCAAUCCGUACGCUCCGCCGCCAGGCGGCAAUCCUUACCAGCAGAAGAACCCGUACUCGUAG